AGAAUGUCACUCCAAGGAGGAGUUUUGUUUCGACACAGUGCAAGUUUUAGAUCGAUUUUUUAGAAAUGUAAUCACUUCAAAAUGAAUUAGUUUCUCUCGAUUAGCAGGAAUUAUCAAAACCUAUUACAGCAGGGGGUUGGCAACAAGAACUUGACUUUUACGACUGUCGAAAGGUUGCCAAUUUCUUUCCACAGCUUUGUGUGUGUGACUGCUGACGACGCGGGCUCUCCUCCCACCAGAGCUGAUGGUGCCUUACUUUUAAGUUUCAGGCUCAUUGCUGAUCCAGAUCUCUAAAAGGAAGCUUCACUUAAUCCAGCUCAUUCGCGUUAAAAUGACUGUCAAACUUCUUUUCGUCAUCUUCGGUGGGAUUGUUCUAACCUUGGUGGAUAAUGCAAGGAUUUUGCCAAGAGUUAAAAGGCAAAGCUUAAAAGUGCGGAUUACUGCUAAGGAUGACAGUAUUGUAUUGCAGUACCUUAGCUCCAGCCCUGCCAUCAAACUUCAAGGUUACGUUCUUGGAUAUGGCGGUCGACACUCCAAGCAGAACAUCACAUUGCCUGACAAUGGAGAUCCACUUGAGGUUGAUGUUGAGUUCAACCCCAAAUAUCUCAUAGCAGUUCAUCCAGUGGCUGAGCAGAGCAAAGCAACCUUGAAGAAAAAGUGCAAAGGGAACCUGGAUCUCCACAAGCCUCCGCAGAUAACGAUAGCUACUCGAACCUCUACAUCUGUGUUUCUCACGUGGACGAACAGUUUUAAAGGAAAAGUUUAUAAGCAUAUUGACAAUGAAUGUGCAGAUGAAAGGCAUUAUACUGUUCGAUAUCGAGAAAAAGAAAGAAACAAGAAAUGGCUGUACCAAUGCUGCCCAACGAGUGAAACGAUGAUAGAUAACCUUAAACCAAAUACUGUUUAUGAAUUUGGGGUGCGAGUUACCAAAGCAAAGGAAGAGGGUGUCUGGAGCAAGCCCGCCAACUACGUUACCACUGUGACUCCUUCACCGACAAGCACCGAAAAUGACCAAAGUCAAAAGACGUCAAAGACUUUUGCCAUAAACUUCAACAGUGGAAAUCCCAAGAACUCAGAGAAACCUAAGCAACCAGGAAAAACUAAUAUUAUAGGAUUAAAAGGCCAAAAAGGUUUAGCUGCAUCCAAUCCAGCACGCAAUGGAACGAAUUUGAUACAACUUUUACCCAGAACGCCGAAUGUUAAUACGCACGUGGUCUUAGGUGGUCAGUCAGCUUCCGAUAGUGCAGAUGCCCGUUCUGGUAGCAGCUCAUCACCGAAACCUAUCAUUCCAAGUAAACCAGAACAAACUCAUGAUCAGUUGCAUGGCAAGGAAGACAUAAAUAAAUUCAAAGAUAAAGAGACUUCAAAUACAGUCACGAAACCAUCGUUGAAAAAUAUCAAGAUCAAAAAAUCAAAACCGAAAUCAGAAAUGAAACCAUUAACAACAAAAGAAUCCAAGCUGCCAUCCUCAGUCAGCCCAUCCUUCCCAUCGAAACCUGUGCCUAAAUCUGAUCCAGCAGAAAUUCAGAUACCAGUUUUCCUCACUCCAAGCACACCUUCUGAACUUGAAACCAUGGAUAAGCAGCAACCCACAGAACCUGAGACAACACCUUCUACUUCUUUGCCAUUCGGUACAUUAUUUACUACUUCUGGCCAUACUGCUGUGGACAAGCAGCAUCUCCCAGGCACAGCGGCUGCUUUAGAUGCCAUGGAAACCCAGAAGUUUUCAGAACCUGAGAUACCAUCUUCCAGCAGUGGACCUUUCCAUCCAACUUCUGAACCUGAUGCCGUGGAUAAUCAGGAAUUCACAGAAUCUGAGAUACGAUCCUUCAGCACCUCAUCUGCCAAUUCAAUUCCUGAACCUGUUGCCUCUGGCAAGCAGAUAUUCACAGAACCUGAGGUUUCUUCCAGUACUAGUUCAUUUUCGUCCAGUUCAGACUUGGCUUCCAAACUUGAUGUCAUGGACAAGGAACAGUUCACAGCGCGCGAGGAAUCAUCCUCCAAAGCCUCAUAUUCACACACAACUUCUGAACCAGAUACUAUGGAUAACCAACAAUUUACAGAACCUGAGAUUCAGCCCACUGCCGAUUCAUUUCUUACCACAUCAAAUAAAAUUUAUGAAUUUGAUUCUACACAAAAGAAGCAGAUUUCAGUUCCAGAAUUUGACGUACCAUUCUCCAGCAGUUCACCUGUUAGCACUUUAAAAACAUCUAAACUUCAUGCCUUGGACCCAAAGCAAUCCAAAGAGUUUAAGAUACCUUCCUCCAAAAGUUCAUUUAUCUUCACUUCUGAACUUAACGUUGUGGACAACCAGAAAUUCACAGAACCCGAGGUAUCAUCCUCCACCACCAGUAAACUUUUCAUCACUCCAAAUCCAAUUGCUGAUGUUGAUGUCAAGGGCCAGCAGCCAUUCACAGACAAUGAGCUGCCGGCCACUGAUGUUUCAAAUGUAUUCAGUCCACCCUUUCCUUCUGAACAUGAUAGCACAACAGUGAAAGAAUUCACAGAUGAGAAGCUACUAGACUCUGACAAUCCAAACAUGCUUAAUCUAAUCCCUGUAUCCAAAUUGUAUCCAAACAUUGGAAAGAAAGAAAUUACAGACCAUGAGCUGCCAGAACCUGACUCUGCAACACGAGUGCCUGAUAUUGGUAACAUGGAAGAGGAGGAAUUCACAGACUAUGAGCUGUCGGUCUCUGACAUUCCUUAUGUGCUCAGUCCAAUUCCAGUACCUGAGCUUCCUAAAGUAGGAAAAAAGGAAUUCACAGCAGACCAUCAAGUGCCAACUCCUGACACUCGUAAUGUGUUUACUUCAAUCUCAGACUAUGAACUGCCAGUCACUGACUCUCCAUAUGUGUUCAAACCAAUCCCAGAUUCUGAACCUGUUAAGAUAAGAGAGAAAGAGGUUACAGCAGACAAUGAGGUGCCAACCUCUGACACUCGUGAUGUGUUCAGUUCAAUCUCAGACAAUGAGCUGCCAGUCACUGACUCUCCAUAUGUGUUCAAACCAAUCCCAGACUCUGAACCUGCUAAAAUAGGAAAAGAUGAAUUGACAGACCCUGAGGUGCCAACCUCUGACACUCAUAAUGUGUUCAGUUCACUCUCAGACUAUGAGCUGCCAGUUACUGGCUCUCCAUAUGUGUUCAGUCCAAUCCCAGAUUCUGAGCCUGCUAACAUAGGAGAAAAGGAAGUUGCAGAGCUGCCAACCUCUGACACUCGUAAUGUGUUCAGUUCAAUCUCAGACAAUGAACUGCCAAUCACUGACUCUCCAUAUGUAUUCAGUCCGAUGCCAGAUUCUGAACCUGCUAAGAUAGGAGAGGAUGAAUUUACAGCAGACCAUCAAGUGCCAACUCCUUACACUCGUAAUGUGUUCAGUUCAAUCUCAGACUUUGAACUGCCAGUCACUGACUCUCCAUAUGUGUUCAAACCAAUCCCAGAUUCUGAACCUGUUAAAAUAAGAGAGAAAGAGGUUACAGCAGACCAUGAGGUGCCAACCUCUGACACUCGUGACGUGUUCAGUUCAAUCUCAGACAAUGAGCUGCCAGUCACUGACUCUCCAUAUGUGUUCAAACCAAUCCCAGACUCUGAACCUGCUAAAAUAGGAAAAGAUGAAUUGACAGACUAUGAGGUGCCAACUCCUGACACUCGUAAUGUGUUCAGUUUACUCUCAGAAUAUGAGCUGCCGGUCACUGACACCCCUAAUGUGUUCAGUUCAAAACCACAAUCUGAACCUGCAAAGAUAGGAGAGAAAGAAGUUGCAGCCCCAGCAGACCAUGAGGUGUCAACCCCAGAAACUCACAAUGUGUUCAGUUUAAUCUCAGACCCUGAGCUGCCAGUCACUGAAUCUCCUCAUGUGUUCAGUCCAAUCCCAGAAUCUGAACUUGCUAAGAUAAAAGAGACUGAAAUUGCAGCAAACCAUGAGGUGCCAACGUCUGACACUCGUAAUGUGUUCAGUUUCAUCUCAGGCAAUGAGCUGCCGGUCACUGAUACUCCUAAUGUGUUCAGUCCAAUCCCCGAUUCUGAACCUGCUAACAUAGGAGAGAAAGACAUUACAGACCAUGAGGUGCCAACCCCUGACACUCCUAAUGUGUUCAGUUUAAUCUCAGAAUAUGAUCUGCAGGUCUCUGACACCCCUAAUGUGUUCAGUCCAGUCCUAGAAUCUGAACCUGCAAAGAUAGGAGAGAAAGAAGCUGCAGCAGACCAUGAGGUGCCAACCUCUGACACUCCUAAUGUGUCCGCUUUACUCUCAGACUAUGAGCUGCUGGUCACUGACCCUCCAAGUUUGUUCAGCCCAAUCCCAGAAACUGAACCUUCUAAGAUAGGAAAGGAUGAAGUUACAGACCAUGUGGUGCCUGUCACUGACACCCUUAAUGUGUUCAGUCCAAUCACAGAACCUGAACCUGCUAACAUAGGAAAGAAAGAAGUUACAGACCAUGAGGUGCCAACCUCUGCCACUCCUAACUUGUUCAGUUCAAUCUCAAACUAUGAGCUGUCCGUCACUGACUCUCCAUUUGUGUUCAAACCAAUCCCAGAUUCUGAACCUGCUAAAAUAGGAGAGAAUAAAAUUACAGAUUAUGAGGUGCCAACCUCUGACACUCGUAACGUGUUCAGUUUAAUCUCAGGCUAUGAGCUGCCGCUCACUGACACCCCUCAUGUGUUCAGUCCGAUCCUAGAAUCUGAACCUGCUCAGAUAAGAGAGAAAGAAGUUACAGCAGACCAUGAGGUGCCAACCUCUGACACUCCUAAUGUGUUCAGUUCAAUCUCAGAAUAUCAGCUGCCGGUCACUGACACCCCUAAUGUAUUCAAACCAACCCCAGAAUCCAAACCUGCUAAGAUAGGAGCGAAAGAAGACUAUGAGGUCUCAACAUCUGACACUGCAAUUGUGUCAAAUCCAACCCCUGUAUAUGAGACAAGAGAGAAAGAAUUAACAGAUCAUAAGCUUCCAGCCUCUGACAUUUCACAUAUGUUCAUUCCAACCUCUGUAUCUGAGCUUGACCAUAUAGAGGACAAGGAAUUCACAGCCCAUAAGCCGACAAAGUCUGAUACUUCCCCCAAGUUCAGGUCAACUCCAAUAUCUGAACUCGGUAGCAAAGAAGAUGAGAAGUUCACAGAGCUUAAACUGCCAACCUCUGGCACUCCAUAUAUGUUCAAUCAAAGCCAACAACCUGCAUUUGAUAACAUAGAGGACAAGAAUUUGACAGACCAUGGGUUUCCAACCUCUGAAACUCCACAUGUGCGCAAUACAAGCCCUGUUCAGCCUCAAUUUGGUAGCACUGGGAAAAAGGAUAUCUCAGAAUCUGAUCCUCUGUCAGAUAGUUCCUCCAUCAUCUCAAAAUCAGUGCCUAAACCUGAUACCAAGCAGAAGCAGAUGUUUACAGAACCUGAGACACAAUCACCUGGUAGUCAGUUAUUCUCCACUGUUCCUGGCAGUACUCAUGAAAGUUCGUCUGUCUUCAGAUCAACCCCAGUAUCUAAUAUUGAUGGCCAGGGGCAAGAAAGAUUUAGAGGUUCUUAUGUGAAAUAUAUGACAAAGCCAAACAUGCCCUGUUCUAUUACUGAAUCAUUGAAACAUUUUCCUGAAGAAAACAUUACAAAUAUAAAAGCCUUAUCUGCUCCUCGAUAUGGACCAUCAAACCUGACACUUGUGACUGUUGAAGGCUGCCCUACCUUCCUCAUAGUAGACUGGGAGAAGAACGAAAAUGACACCGCCAGUGAGUAUGAAGUUCUUUCAAAAAUGACAGGAUCAGACAACAAAACAGAAGAACUUCUUACUGUCACCAAUCAAACACAUACUGCCGUGGAAAACCUAAAACCAAAUACAAGCUACACAUUCUUAGUGACACCCACAAACAUACAUGGCAGAGGUCCAUCCAGUGACUCUCUUUCUUUUGUUACGGAAUCAGCGGAUCCCAGCGUAAGUGAAUAUAUACCAGGGAAGGAUGCCAUCUGGACUCAAUACUCCUUCAAAUUUGAUUCAUAUUCUGAAUGUCAAGGCAAGCGGUUUGUCAAACGAACCCGGUACAGGAAAUUUGUUGGCAUCAUUCUGUGUAACUCGCUGAGAUACAAGAUUUAUCUCAGUAAUUCCCUCUCAGGAAUUUUCUACAACAUAGGAGAUUUAUCUGGGCAUGGGGAGGAUCACUGUCAGUUUGUGGACUCAUUCCUGGAUGGCAGAACAGGAGAACAUCUCCUCUCUGAACAAUUGCCAAUCAGACAAGGUUUUUAUCGAAGUGUUCGCCAGGAGCCGGUUAUGUUUGGCACAAUAGGUGGACGAACACAUAUCAAUUACGUCCAUUGGUACGAGUGCGGUAUAGCCAUACCUGGACAAUGGUGAAUCCAACAACUACCAUACAAGAAACCAAGAAGCAGCAGCAAAAACCAAAGGAACUGAAUUAUAAUAUUCCAUCAAUAUUGUUCCUUAUAUUCAAUGUAAGAUUCAAAUAGACCAUGUAAUGUACAGAAUGUUAUUUUUUAAGAAGCCAUAUAGAAAUCUUUAUAUAAUGUGGUACAGGGUGAAUUGCACCCAUUCCAAGGCACAUAAUUGUAUUAAUUCCACAACCUAAAUGGCUUUAGAACAAUGUGAUCACCAAGCUGGGCAGUAAAUAGCAAUAUUAACAAAGCGAUCCAGCAAUUUUCUGACCUGCUCUCACUUAUUUUUGUCAUCUUGACUUGUUAUUAAAGAAAAAGUGCUGCUUCCAGAAGUUGCAGUAGUGGCCAUUUGAAAAUUGAUGUAAACAUCCAAAUAUAUAAAAAUAAAUUAAUGCUCACUACACAUCAAGUGUGCUGUAAAUAAAUAAUAGCACUGCCUGGGAUUUUGUAAUCUUUAACAAGUUUGUCUUUGGACAUGACCCUGGUCAAGAAGUCCUAUAAAAUUUGUUUUAUUUAUCAAAACAAACAUCCUAAUUUUUUUUUGAAAACACAGGUUUUGAUAUUGGGAAGCUGGCUCCCUAUGCCCUCAGUUCUGAAUAUAAUAGUUUAAAUGUUAUUUAUCAGGAAUGUAUUUAAAAACACAGAACAUAAAUUGUAACUUCUAUUCACAAAGUAUAGAAGGGUUUUUUAUUUAGAUUUGCUGAACAAAUGAGCUUCAGCAGCAGAAUGGAGAAACUUCUCUCAUUGGGUACCCUUAGCAGUCUGUAAUAUUACAAAUUGUACCCAAAAUAAUGUGUAGUGUAACUACUUCAUAUGCUUUGGUUUUGUUCAAAAAUGUACUUAAGGCAGUGAGGUACCCAUGGACAUAAACCUCUUGGUUCUGCUUGUUAAGCUGAUCAUACAUUACUUUAUUCAGUACUGAACAAAACUAAAUAUUUACAACCAAGAUAUUUUAACACAUUCAAGAUUUGUAAAAUGUCAAUUUCUUUUUGGUUAGUGCAUGUAAAUAUCCAUGUUAUGGUGAGCAUACCAGACCAUACAUCUACAAAUGCCCUUACAAACAGUCUUACAAAAACACCCAUCAACAAUAGUACCCACAUAGAGAUGGUCAACUAAGAAACAUCCACACUUGUCCACUUAAGGACGAUUAUAUUUGUUGCUCUUGCAAUUUAUUUGCUAUUUCUGGAGAUUUUAUUGCCUCAUUCUUACCACAAGUGAAUAGUGGAAGUUAAAUAAUGCUAAUAUACACAAUUUCCUCUGAGGGGUAUUGCUAAUAUGAGUUUAGUUCUACAUACAUGGCUACAGUUAGUAUUUAGAUGGUUGGCAGCUUUGCUGGAGCAGUUUUUGAUAAGUUUCACAAGCCUUCCUUAUCUGCACAUGUUCAUAUAAAGGCACUCAGCCACCAAAUAUCUGUGCAUGCCCAGAUAGGACACUAAUUUCCAUGCAACAAAUUGGAGACAGUAACUCACCAGUGUCAGCACAAGCGGAGAUACUUCUCUGCCAAAUGUCUGUACACCUGAAUUAAAAUGCUUAGUCACUAUCAUUCUGCACACUUCCAUAUUGCACAUAUAUCCAUGCAGGUGACAAAAAUGUUUGGCUACCAAAUGUGUGUGUAUGUAGAUGUUCAUCUAACAAGUGCUAAACUGAGCAUGAUUGAAAUGUCAUAAUACACAAAAUCUCACAUGCCCCUACAGAAAUGCACAACCAACAAAUAUCUGUUCAUAGUGGUAGAGAGACAAAGAAGCACCUGCCUGUACCAGCAUACACGUUGCCAAACAUUGGCCAUGCCUACGUACAGAAGCUGGGCUAAUAUAUCUAACUAAAUUUAUGCAGAAACACUCAUCUCCCAAGCAUUGAUCCAGGUCCAUACAGAAAUCACAUAAGAACUCAGCGAGCAGUCAUCCAGAAAUGGGCAUGCUCAACUAUCAAAUCCUCAUAUCCUCUCUUCAGAUAAGGACACUGGAGCACCAUUCUUAGGUAUUCAGUUGCCAAUCUCUGCUCAUUUUACAGAGCUGCUGAAAACAUCUAGACUGAAAUAUGCAAUCAAAUCACCACCCACACAAGAGGUGCUCAGCUACCAAAUGCUCGCAGACAUUUAGCUUUGUUGGCCUUGCAAUUUAUUCCGUAUUUGUGGAAGUUAUUGCCUCAUAUUCUUACCACAAAUGGAUAUUAUAGAUUACGUAAUGCAUACUAAUAUAUACAAUUUUUUCUCCCAUGUGACAUUGCUAGUAACGAGUUUAGUUCUGAAAACAUGGCUGCAAGUUAGUAUUUAGAUUGUCAGCAGCUUUUCUUGAGCAGAGUUUUUGAUAAAUUUUGCAAGGCUGCCUAUAGCAGUCAUUUAUGCUGUCAUACUCUUGAGAAUAAAGAUGUAAUUAAAACAAAA